AUGAAUGGACACAAGGAAGCUUCACCUUUUAGGCGUAAUGAUGAAUGUGGCGCUACACUCGAAAACCCUUGGGUCGUUGGUACUUCUACUCAAGCACCUUCAUCGGAUAUAGACAUUUGUCCAUCUUCUGUCAGCAAGUUCAUGGCUAAGGCGAAUGGAAAAAAGGGUGCAACAAUCGAUAAGGAUGAGGAAGUUAUGUCCGGUAAGCGCAAGAGGACCGUUCCUAAGAAAUUUGAAUCCCCCUACGCACUUGACAAGCCCAGCAGGCGUACCAACCGUGGUCAGAAACCCUCCGGUACUUCUACUGCUACUAGAGCUCUAUUUUCUGGAAAUCAUGAGCCGGAGGUUGUGGCGGAUGAGUUGACGCCGGAAAUAAUUGAUGUAGCUGUUUCAUUUGUCGAGUUAGCUGCUAGCACCAAGAAGAAUAAGGGGAAGAAAGUUUACUACAGUGAAGGGCGUGGCAUAUCUCUGACUUCCGAAAGGAUUCGACCGGUUAUUGAUACUUAUAUGGGACAUUUGGAGUUGCGCGUUGGUCAUGAUCGUUACCUCUGUCCAGCGUGGAGGUCCAAAUUCCUUGUAGAUCGUGCUAUCGCACGAGACGAUCCAUUGCCGUCGAGCUGCAACAUGGAUAGUGCUCUGUCCAAAGCUGGAGUAGUUAAUAGAGUCACGAAAGAGUAUACUGUGCGUGAUAAGACGUAUAUCGCGUUGAAUAUCGACAAUGCCCACUGGAUGACCGUGGUCAUGCACUUGAUCAAGCAAGAAUUCCAAGUUCUCGAUUCACUCUAUCCUCUGGACCUGACAGAAAAGACUGUGAAAGCACUGCGAAUGGAUAUAGCACACGAUAUGCACCUAGCAAAUCUUAUUACACCAGGGAAAUAUCCGGACGUAAAAUGUCUAGAACAUUGGGACAGGGACCGAAUGACCCGCGAUUUUUCACAGGCCACCAUUGACGCAAGGAGAAGACGUUUCAUCGCGGAGUUGAUUAUGUCACCUUCGAACACGAUGGAGUGUGUGAAGAACAAAAUUCGCGAAAUCGCAAGGAAAAGGCGCGCCUGA